UUUUUCUUGACUGUUGGAACUCUUUGCAUCAUAAGUCAGAGAGUUGGGAUGAUCAUAUACGUAUACUGAAGAUAAUCACAGACAUGUUCCUCCCUCAUAUCGGUUUGUCAGAGUUGGAAGAUGAAUGCUUCUCCAAGAUCUUGCCAAAGACAGUGACCAUGUUUGACAACAUGAUGAAAGAAAUCUUGGUUCAAGUUGGGGGACUGUCCAGUCAAAACCCAGAACUGUGUGCUUUACUGAGGAACAUUCUACAGUCAAUGAUGCAGAUAAUUGAUGCACUAUCCUCUUGUGUGCGUCACGUUGGCACAUUUGAGGAGACCCCUGAACUGGUUGCAAUCCGCUCCUUACCAACUUGUAUCCUGAAAGUCUUGAGGGAUACUUUUGAGCACUGCAAGGAGAGUGAGGUGGUUUACUGUGGCCGUCUGUCCCUGGUGGCCGACCUGCUGCAGGGACUCUUUAAGGAGGCCUACUCCCUCCAGAAGGGCCUGUUGGAGCUGCUGGACAGGAUCUCUCUGGACAGCAGUGCCUCAGAGGAGGAGAUCUCUGAUAUUGUUACAGUAAUUCAUAGCCUCCUGGAUAUCUGCUCCGUCAUCUCUAAGCUGGACAUGGCACUGCAUGCAAACACAUGGAAAUUCCUCGUCAAACAGAGUCUGAAGUACCAGUCAUUGGUGGAGGAACAUCUGCAUCACGGUGACAUCAGCAGCAGCCUAUAUGACAACCUGCUGGUUUCCUUCCACAACAGUGUGGAGCUGGCUGAACAAAUUAAACAUGCUGAUCUGCAGGAAGCAAAACAAAGCCCAGAACACAAACUGUUCCAGAAAACUGCAAAGAUGUGCAGAUUUUUUGCCAACACUCUGGUUCAUUACAUAAAGGAAUUCAGAUUUUUUCUGACAAAGUAUUGUAGCUGCUUUCAUCAACUCUACCUCCAGAUCGUCAGUAAAUUCCCUCCCAGCUUGUGUGCUCCAACUCUGCCCUCGACUCUGUCCGAUGAGCUGAACAUGGCGGCUCUGGUUCCCAUGGAUGCACUUCUGUUGCAGCUGUUGCCUUUAAGGCCCUUUGCUGAAGUUGUUCUCCAGAAGGACCUGCGGUUAAAACCUGAGCAUGUGCUUCCACAGUGCCUUUUGCUAGUGAAUGUGCUGAAUCAGCUUGCCUCCCAACCAGAAGAGGUGCUUCAGCUUUGGUACACCGGAAGCAAAUUCUCAGAAGAGACACCCAGGCUUCCUCUCUACCAGGCCAUGUUCACGAGUUUCCGGCGUUGUUAUACUGAGAGGAAAGUGCCAGUGUUGCUGCCAGGAGUGAUGAUGAAGGGUCAGGCCCAGGUCCAGGUGACUCUGCACCACCACAUCUGCGUGCAACUCUGUGCCAGUGUGGCUGCGCUUCCUCCAGUGUACUUCCCCGUGCUGGAGUGUUGUUUGGCUGAUGCUGUGCUGCAGGCUGACACACAGACAGCUUUACUGGCAACAGAUGUGUGGUGCUUUACAGCGCGGUAUGGAACAGCAGAACUUUGUCUACAUCAUGUCCUCCUCAUUGCUAAGCUGGUGAAAUCAUGCGCCACCGAGUGUUACCAGUUGUCCCACUUGGGCAUGCUGCUCAGACGUAUGGUUUUCCUUAUGACGCCGAAUCACCAGAUGGAGUUGGUGGAGCGUUUCCCCCCAUCUCAGUUGGAAAACCUUCCCAUGUGGUGUCAUGUCCUUCUCAGAGCUCUUUCACAUGAUGUCCUUCGACGUGUAGAGAGUGACAUUAUUGCCCUUUCUCAAAGAGUUCUUAGCGACUGGCAGAACGGAGGAUACAAACUAGGCCAAGUGGACAAAGUGAACGUGAUACUGUUAGCCCUCUUAAUGGUGGUUCAAGGGAAAUCAUCUCCUGAGGAGCAGUGCAAGUUAUCAGCAACAAGAAUAGUCACACAGCUCUGGUUACGAAUGAGUCCAGAUCAGGUACAGACCCACCCUGUGCUCCAGUGUACUCUGCAGCUGCUCCUGUCUAUAUCAGCCAUUUUGGUGAAAAACAUUGAACCCCAAGUCAUUUGUCAGGCUCUGUUGUGUGUAGAUGUUCUGGUGUCUCAGAAGUGUGCAGAUCAGCUGCUGCUGGCUGCUCUGGAGUUCCUUGCAUCACUGGGGAAGAUCUUAGUCCCUCCUGACAGCCAGAGUCAAAUUUUGCCAAGACUGAGCAGCCUGUUUGGAGUUCUGCUGGCUAAGAGGUCCUGGCUGCUACAUCAGCACACCCUGGAGGCAUUUUCUCAUUUUGCAGAGAUCACAAACCACGAAGAAGUCAUUUCCCAGAGUUUGUGUGUAGAGGAAACCAAGAACAAGGUGGUGAAUUAUCUUAGCAAGACUGUAAAUGCACAGGAAGAUGUAGAGUCACGGCUCGAGAGGCUAAAGCUGGAGACUCCAGUUAUUGAGCAACACAAUGAAAGGCUGGAAAACAAAGUAAACGUUUCCAGCGUAUUGGCUGCAGAAGCGGUUGCUAAUUUGGAGCCCUCCCCUAAGAGAGCCCGGCAGGAGACUAGUGCAGAGGAGGAGUACAGCCGCUACAUCCAGACAGCAGAGUGCGCUUUGAAAGCCCUUCAGGCGCUCACUGAAGACAAAGCCAAAACUAAUGAACCACCUCCACAGUGGCUGGACUCCAGAGUACAGGAGCUUCAGACACUCAUAACCCACAUCAGAGCAGCCAGUCAAACAUCCUAACCUUUGUUUUCUAACCCAGAUUAUUUGCUUUCUGUGUACAAAAACUAU